AUGCCUCGCCCCAGAAGACCCGGCGCGCCAGAGCCGAAACGACGAUCACGUAAGGGCUGCUGUGGGGAGGAGAAGCCAUCGUGCCUCAACUGUCGACGCCAGAAUGAACCAUGUGACUAUAGCAUCAGGUUGAAUUGGGGCGGGAGGACACGGAGAAAAUCUUCUGUAGACUCCCCCAGCUCUCAGUCCAGUAGUCCGUCGGGCCACUAUGCCACCUUCAGUUUCUCGCCCUCAAACCAAUUUCAUCCGGAUGCCCCGAGUCCAGCCCAGCAAUUCACGCCUAUUUCCAUUCGAGACGGAACGACUGCGCCGGAUCAAGCUACAGGGGACUUGCUAUGGGAUGUCGGACUUGCAAGGGGUAUGGAAAUAGGAACAUCCACAACCAGUCCUAAAGGAUUACUUGAUAUCCUCCAUGAAUCUCCGACUGCCUUUGGCCAGUUAAAUAAUGAAUCCAACUGUACAAAUGGCAAGACCUCUGUAGACAUGGGAGCUGCGUCGCAAGAACAAGAAGCGACCACCCCAUGGCCAGACCUGUCCCCCGAUUUAGCCACAUCGUCGUCGAGCGAGACUCUGCUCGCUUUCUCCCCGCCUGCACCCCAGUCGCUGGACACCAUCUCAUACCCAUCGCCUACGGAUACGAACUCGACAGUCGGUUCAUUCGCGGCUUUCGCCUUUUCCUCUGCCACGAUAUCGGGGCCCAUCUCAUUUCUCCGGCAUACAUCGGAUCUCCAUCAUUCCCCGCCCGACUCUAAUCACAUGCCCGAUUCUCGUACUGAGUUUUCUAGCUAUUCCUCGUCUACGGAUGUGAUGAGCAUCUAUGCAGACUUCAAUUCACAUGCAUCAUCUUCUGCUCAGAAUGCGGCAUCGCCAGGGUCCGCAGAAGCAAGUUUGCUUUCGUCAGGAUUGGCUCACGAGGCCCCAGCGCUGCAGGCGGGUCCAGCCGUCCAUACGGAGAACUUCUUCAGCAAGAUUAUGAACGAUCCGCUGCAUCCUGAUAGCCAAUCCGAUGGGGGUUAUUCUCGCCCAGGAUGCGUUUCCCAUGCUGCUGACGGUGCGGGUCAGAACCUAUCGGAACCAGAGGACGUUUCCAUGUCGGAGAAGAGGUGGCAGGCUUAUCUGACCAGGGUCACGGACAAUUACGGGUUGGAUUGCGGGCGCCCGGAUCUCGAUCUCAACAAGAACGACGAUCAUUCCGCCAUUGACAUCAACUAUGCAUUGGACCUGUUCAACGCGGACAGUCAACCUGCUUCCACUUCGACCUCGGAAGGUUCGCAUACAGGUAAUGCGAAGUACAAUGGAUCUGACUGCAACAAGCGUGGCUACUAUGUAUCGCCAGUACCAAUAAACAUACCGCGGUAUCUCUCGCCUUUGCCACCGUCACUCGUGAAGACGCCGAUCAACUUGAUGUAUUUCCACCACUUCCUCAACCAUACUGGCCGGAUGCUGGUUCCUCAUGAUUGCGAAAAUAACCCGUUUAUCUCGGUGUUACCGACCAUGGCGAUUGGCGACUCUAAUCUUCUGAAUUUGAUGCUGGCAUAUUCCGCUAGUCAUCGGGCGCGGUAUUUGGGCCAUCCUGAGCCCGCAACCCGGAUCGCACACUGGGUGAGCAAUGUCUUUCCCACUCUGCGCUUAGCGCUUGAAGAUCCCCGUGAGAAGGUGACCGACAGUCAUCUGGCGACUGCAAUUAUGCUCCUUUCUUUGAAAAUCAUCUCUCCCAGCACGUUUGAAGUGCCCAUUCCAUGGCAGAGUCACUUGAAGCUUGCUCGGGACCUGUAUUUGGCACGACAAGAGCAGAUGUCAUACCCUGGAAACCGUGUCGGCGCAUUCCUCGCGCGCUGGCUGGGGUAUAUUGAUCUCAUGGGCGCCCUGUCAUGCCGACAAAGUGGACCACCACUGUCUGCAUAUGAUUCUGUCUUGUCCAUAUGCUCCGAUGCAGGACCGCAGGGCGAAUAUUGUGUCGACUGCUUCAGUGGGUAUACACCAAAGACGGGUCUAUUCCUAAUGCGGCUGGGAAGAUUAACUCACGAGUGUGAUAACGAGCGUUUUGACGAACACGGAGUCUUUGUCCCGGACUGGGAACCAUCGCCAGAUGUUGUUUUUGAAGCCGAAACCUUGAUAGCGGAUCUCGGCGUUCUGGACACCUACGCCUAUGCUGAUGCAACACACUUCGGUCUGGGCAAGACGGAUUUCCUAGCCACUGACCGGGCCUUUCACUAUGCAGGACUAUUGCACCUUCAUCGUCGGGUGCUGAAUGCGUCACCCUUCUCUGAUGCGGUUACGGGGGCCGAAAGGGAGCUCUUCAAGGCAAUAGGCGACAUCCGGCAGAGUGCGUCUGCAGAGGUCGGAGUGCUGUUCCCGUUGUUUACUGCGGGUUGUGAAGCCCGGGAUUCUGCGCAACGAGCAGAAAUCCAAGAGCGCUUCGAUUUCCUCGAAAGAACAGGAAUGAAACAGAUGCAAAGCGCUCGCACGCUAAUGCAGCGAUGCUGGUCCGAAGACUUGCCAUGGAUCGCAUUGGCCCAGGGCGAAUUUCUAGGGUAG